AUGAGUACCCGGAUUUCGGUGUACGAAGCUUCCAAGAUUCCUAAACCUCCUGGCGAAGCUUCAUGCGCAGUGUAUCCUGGCGCCAGCACCAAGGAUACUUCUCCAAACGGCCAAGAGAAUACUUUUGUUUCUCGGAUGUACCACACCAUUAACCGAGAUCGGGUUCCCGCGCAAGAAGAGUACGAGGCAAGGGUCACUGCUUCUGCAAAUGUCAAAAAAAAGUUCAGCCUACUUCAAGAUGUCAAAGAAGGGCAGUUCUAUGACAUAGUGGCCCAGAUUGUUCGGUCGCCCUACGAUUCAGGUGACAGAAUAACUCUGUGGGUUUCUGAUUAUACAGAAAAUUCGUGGUUUUUCAACUAUUCCAUCGGUGCAGGCGAUGCUUCCCUCGGGCGAGAUGGCGAUCCGUACGGCUAUACCGACAAGUUUACAACAGCCGCCAAGACGACUGACUGGCCAGGGCCUUACGGCAAGAGAUCCAUGCAAAUCACCUGUUGGGAACCUCAUGCCAGCGCCAUUCGCGAUCAAGGCAUAGAUAUCGGGUCAUGGGUCGAUGCAAGGAAUAUACAGAUCAAGACAGGCCACAACGGCAACAAUUUGGAAGGCUUCCUACGGGAAGACCGUGAUGCUCGUGGCUCCAAUUUUAGCGUGCAGAAAGUAGACAUGACAGUUGGUCCUGAUUGCGUUAACCCUCAUGCAAAGGCGGCAUUGCAGAGAAAGAGGGAAUACGAACGCCUGAGAAAAGAGCAGCUCAAGGACAUAAGAGAGGCCAGCAAAGCAGGAGAAAAGCGCAAGAAGGGCAUGGAGGCGAACAAGGAGACAAAGAAGGAAAAUUCUAAAGCGAGGCGGAAAGCCAAACGCAAAAGGGAAGCUACCAGGCAAGACCAGGACGAUGAUCAAGCAGAGGAGGAUACAACUCAGAUUGAGGACCUGAACACACGAGUGAAAUGUGAGAACCAAGAUAAGGCGACUAGUCGACUUUCCGAAAUAACUAGUAUUGUGCAGCAUGAAACUACUAUCGAAGGAGAAAGCGUGAAGGUCCCCCUGCCGUUUGUAGACUUGAACUACCGCGCCAAUGUUCGGGUUGUCAACUUUUCUCCGUCAAACCUCGCAGAUUUUGUAUAUCCAAAGAAGGAGUCAGAAUACGACGACAUCCUCUCUGACGUUGACGAUAAUGACGAUUCCGAAGAUGAUGAUGAGCGACUAAGCCAAAUGCCGAUGGAUACUUUCGCUCGAGUACGGAAUUGGGAGUGGCGCUUCUUCUUGGAACUCGAGGACGCAGUUGACAAUCGCAAGCAGAAGAAGCAAAGGCUAUGGGUAUUGGUAGAUAACCAAGCUGCUCAGUGCCUCACUGGUCUUGAUGCGUCAAACCUGAGACAGGAUAAAGAGCUACUGUCUACGCUUCGGGACAAAAUGUUCACUCUCUGGGGAAACCUAGAAGAGAAAAAGACAGCCACCGAGAAAGCAGUAAGAACGGGAAAGCCUCCAGCUGAUAGCGAUGAUGAGAACGAGCAACAGACUGGGGGUAACGAGUCAAAGACACAAUUGACGAAUCGGUCUUUUUCAUGUUGCAUUCAACAAUAUGGUAUCAAAGUUACCGAACCAGAUCCAACAAAGGCCAGGGAAGGAGACGGGAAGCGAUGGCAGAGAAUGUUUCGCCUCUUUGGCACCAUGAUUACAGGAGGAUAG